AUGAAGAAUACCAUGCAAGUUGCACAGAUUGGCGACAAUGGAACGAAAGUGGCGUAUAACAAUAAUAGUCGGGAAUCUUCGCUUAUGCUGCAGCUCUAUAAGAGGUACUAUCCUUGUGAGAAUGAGCAGUCGGACCAGCUUGACUACCACAUUGAGUGUGAGAAGUUUGGGAAUUUGCAUAGAUUUGUGGACAUUGAAGAUCUGCAGAAUGUUCAGGGUGUUGUGGCACACACUUUUGAACUGAAAGACGUUGGAGUGGACGCGGUGAACAGUGGUCAACCAAGAAUCGAAGACUCACAGCUGGCUCAAACCAUUAAUGCGGGAAAUGUUGUUGUGGCUAUGCGAGUGAAAGUGACUACGUUCCAUGGCCUUUCGUUGUCUACUAGAGCAGCCAGUUCUAUUCUCAUCAAUCCACUGACACCCGCUGCUACCAGUUCUAUUCUCAUCAAUCCACUGACACCCGCUGCUACUACUCUAAAACAUUGGUGCUUGCAAAACAAGCCAGCUGUGUUGGAGCUCAUUGCGACUGACGCAUACAAGAAGGCUGCAAUUUUGCUCCCGCCACCAAAAUCUGAAGACAUCAAGACCAUUGCCACACUUCUCAGCCCUAAAUAA